AAAUUACUGCACAUUCUGAGUGAAUGAGGCUCUUCAGUCGGGGAGCCCUCAGUCCCUGCACCUCUGUCCUGCCUUCCUUUCCUUACUCCAGGGCUGUGCAUUCAUUACCAGAGCUGCUGGGACUAUCAGGCAAGGAUCAUGUGCAGCCACCCACUCUGAUUGUGGAUUUUCUUUUAUUUAUUUUUUUACUCUCCAUUGAUAAAACAGAGAGCAUAGACUCAUCUGGACCAUGCACAGUAGACCUUGCAUUCUGCUGGUGCUGAGCCCUUGCUAGGACUUCUUCCAGGGCUAUUGACCACUCAUAUUCACCACAUCACUAAAGAUCUGUCAGGUUUUCUGUAGGAUCUCAUCUGACCUGUGGACCCUCUGUCUCCUUCAGGAUGCCAGCUGCAGCUGGGGAUGGCAUCAGUGAGUCUCCCCCAAGGUUUAUGCUUGGGGAGAAGCCCCCGGUGCAGAUUGAGGACUCCUUCCUGCCAACCUCUGUGAGCAACGUGUCCCGGGAUACCCUGCGCAACUUCCAUCACACCAAGAGGGUGGGCAACUACCUGAUCGGGAGGAAGCUGGGAGAAGGGUCCUUUGCCAAAGUCAGAGAAGGGCUACAUGUGGUCACUGGAGAAAGGGUGGCCAUAAAGGUUAUUGAUAAGAAAAAAGCCAAGAAGGACACUUAUGUAACCAAGAACUUGCGUCGGGAGGGUCAGAUCCAACAGAUGAUUCGGCACCCCAACAUUACUCAGCUGCUGGAUAUCCUGGAGACGGAGAACAGUUAUUAUUUGGUUAUGGAGCUGUGCUGUGGAGGAAACCUCAUGCAUAAAAUUUACGAGAAAAAAAGACUGGAAGAGCAUGAAGCAAGAAAAUACAUCCGGCAACUGAUUCAAGCUGUUGAACAUCUGCACCGUGCUGGAGUUGUCCACAGAGACUUGAAGAUUGAAAAUCUGUUACUGGAUGAGAACAACAACAUCAAGCUUAUCGAUUUUGGAUUGAGCAACUGUGCUGGAAUCCUGGGUUAUACAGACCCUUUCAGUACACAGUGUGGAAGUCCUGCCUAUGCUGCUCCAGAACUCUUGGCAAGGAAGAAAUAUGGGCCCAAGGUGGACGUCUGGUCUAUUGGAGUUAACAUGUACGCCAUGCUGACUGGCACGCUGCCAUUUACCGUGGAGCCCUUUAGCUUGCGAGCUCUGUAUCAGAAGAUGGUAGACAAAGCCAUGAAUCCGUUGCCCUCCCACAUCUCUCCUGCUGCUAUUAAUUUCCUCCGGUCUCUACUGGAACCAGAUCCAUUGAAAAGACCGAACAUCCAGCAAGCAUUGGCAAAUCGAUGGCUAAAUGACAGCUACCAUGGAAAAGGAGCUCACACAUAUCCAAACAGGAUCCAUCUUGAAGACUUGAGUCAGAGCGUGAUCCGUCACAUGUCGGAGAAACUUGGUUAUAAGCACAGUGAUGUCAUCAACGUCAUCCUCUCCAACCGCGCAUGUCAUACCCUUGCUGUUUACUUCCUGCUCAACCGGAAGCUGGAACACUACCUAAUCACUAUGAGGAAACCUGACAUUAAUGACAACAUUUGCCACAAGAACCAGAUGCAUCCAUUAGAAAAAUACAAGUCGAAUAAGAACUCCUACGAGGAAAGAAAACCUAAAGAUGCAGAAAAGCGAGGAGAACAGCGUUGCAGCCAGAAAAAGAUGGAAAAAUGUUCUCCAUCCCACAGGCAGCCACCAUGUGUCAUGACACAAGGCCAUAACUCCAAGCCUCCCAUUAAGGAGAGAAGGUCUUCAAAGUCUGAAAGGGAAUCCAUCACCAGGUUAAGCCCCUUCCAUGAAGUUCGAUUUAACAAGACGGCCUGCGUCACCUCCUGUUCUUUAGAAUAUUUGGAAUUACAGAGUCCAGAUCCAAGAACGCCUAAGAUCAUGAGACGUCAAGACUCCCACUCACAAGAAACUGUGAACAUGAACAUGGGCGUUCGCAUGAGGGAACCCCACCUGAACGUUGUACGUUCCUUUGAGUCUGUGAACAGAGAAGACCAAAUAGAAUUGUCUCCAUCACACCAGUAUCGAGUCAUAGAUUCCCCGAUUUCCUUCUCCCCCCGUCAUUCCAGUGAAAGAACUCUCUCCCCAAUCUUUCAGUUUGACAACACAACACCUGUGAAGGCUCAUUCCACCCUUUCAUCUUUCACAUAUGAGGACAAAAGUAGCCCAUCUAGCUCUGAAUCCAUGUCUCCAACUUCUCCCCAUUCCCCAUCAUGUAACAAUAACAUUUCUGGCAACUUGGGAAGUCCAAACUGUGUUAGGAGCCGAGGUCGAUUUCCUAUGAUGGGCAUUGGACAGAUGUUGAGAAAGAGGAGUCAGGUUACCUCACCUAAACCUGAAAACUCUUUGGAAUCCCGAAUGCCAGCCUUGCAACAGAUGAGCCCAGGUUAUUCCAAUUUCAACUCCUCCGAUAUGAAUGGUUUUUGCUGAUUGGCCAUGUUUUCCAGAACUGUGGUUUAUUUCAGGGCUCAAACCCCUAUUGUAGAAAGAGGAGGAGAACUUGAUUAUAUUUGUAAAUGUGAAUUUUGUAAUAUUCCUCACUGUAUCAAGAGCUUUUGUAUGUGUUUUAUUUUAUGCAUUGCUAAAUUCAUCACUUCUGUGAAUUGCACCUCUGCAUUAGUGAUGCCAGUGAAAUUCCAAGAGCUCUGUCUGGUACAGUACAAAAUAGUCAAUUUUUAUGGGAAAAAAUUCCAGAAACAUUACUAAAGGACGUUUCUUUGGACAUACAGAGGUGCUGAGUUCUGCUGUAACUAAUCUUUUUGAAAUAAACAAUACUGGGGUCUAUUGACGUUACCUACUACGGACAAAACCUGAUUUCUAAGCUGUUAAUUUACUGCACUGACCUUGAUGCACUUGGGAACGCUAAGGAACUGGAACUACUUACAUUGCAAAUGGCUUUUGUGAACAUUAAGGAUUUUUCUCAUUGCACAUCAAAGUGUUAUGAUGUUAAUAUUUGACACUGUGCCACCGUUUUCCUCAAGGUCAUUGUAUUAGGUCAUUUUGUCUUGACUUUUUUCCUCAUUAAAUUUUUUUUUUACAAAACUUUAAGCUGUUCUGUAAAGACUGAUGAAAGCAAAGUUUGAUAUUGUUUUUGGUACGAUGGUUGAUUCAGAACUCAUUUAGACUUUUUAGGCUUAGGAUUGUGUCAUGUGGGCAUCAGGAAACUAUGUAACAACUUGAUUUCAGACAAUUUUAUUAUAUUAUUUUUGCCUUGGUGCAGUUUAAGUGGUUACUGCACUCAAAACAAAGUCGCAUGAGUUAAGAGUGUUACUUAUGUUAUAUGUCUGGCAAUCACCAUACAGUUUGGGUCACCAAGAAGUCUCCAAAGUAGGUCCUUUCCUAAUUAUAAUGUGACUGUUU